AUGGCUAAAAUUGAAUCUCUACUCAAGGAAUUGCCUACGAGGACGGCGCAUUUGUACCGCAGUAUAUGGCAUAAAUACACUCAGUGGCUUCAGGAACAGAAUCAGGAUGAAGUCGCCAAUGAUCUCGAGUAUGUUCUCUCCUAUAAACUCAUCACGACGUAUAUCGUGUCUCAUGACGAUAUAUCCAAGGAUCCUAGUCUUGUGUGCGAGGCAUUGAUAUGGUUUGCUCGCGCGUUGGAGGUUGAUGAACAAACCGUCACCCAGCUUCGAGAAUGGUUGCAUUGCCUCGUGAAAGUGUUGAGUUAUGACUCUUCGAACAUGGUUCAUGUGUUACAGAAAAUAUCGAUCAAUCUUUGGAAUCCAAACACGGAUUCUUUGCAAUCGAAACACUUCAAGACAUGCCAAGAUAAACUAAAAUUGCUGCUUGAUUUCCAAUGGAAGUUCAGCACCAAUCUCUCAUUCGAAGAUAGAACUUCCGUUUCGUUAAAAGAAAUUAAGUGCAUUCAUGAUCCAGAAAAUAGAAAGUGUGGGUUGGCUCAUACAAGCCAGCCCAACUUCGUGCUUAUACCAAACUUUGACUCUCCAUUCACCUGCCCCGUCUUUACAAUGGCAGUGUAUUAUUAUUUACGUUUUCAAGGCGUUAAAAAAUACUAUAAAGGGGAUGGCUACGACGUUCUAUCAGAGUUCGAGCAUAUACCUAUCAUUAGAGGCAAAUCCUUAGAUCAAUAUCCAAGAGAAUUGACGGUCGGAAAUUGGUAUCCAACAAUAUUUAAGUAUUGUGAACUUCCUUAUACCAAAAAAAACUGGUUCCAAAGAAACCCAGAGUGGCCUGAAUUUCCAGAUAUGAGCAAGAUUCGCUCUACUCCUCUGGAAAGAUCAUCACGAGGUCAAGGUCAAAAUGAAUCUGGUGUUUCCUUUACUGAUUCGGAUUCAGGUUCUGAUACAGAAUAUACAUUCGGUAUUCCUAAUUUUAUGAUCGAAAAAAUGAAUCGUUCAAAAUUUCAACCAUGUCCUAAUGUUCGCAUUCAACUCUUCCCAACGGAUCUACCUGCCAACCUUCAGCCUGUUUUUGAUCUUCUAAAUUCUGUCCUUGUGACUAAUCUUCCUCUUCUUUACAAAGUUUUCCCAAGCCAUGAUAUCUUUAUGGACCCAACACUCAAAACUCCACAAAACAUUGCUUUCCUAAUGGGAAACAGAACUCUGGACAUUGAGUCCCAACAAAGCAUACUCUCAAUGGUAAUAGAUAAGAAGGGUAUCGCCUCUGAGCUAGCACCUACCUUGAUUAAGUCGGAUCCCAAUGAAAACGGCUUGUUGACAUACCGCAGUCCAGAAGUUCCUGAGAAUAUAACGAAUUCGCUGGACGAAAUUAAAUCAGAAUUACAAAAUAUGAUACAAUUACAGUCAUCUGUGGGAUUUUCGCAACUUAUCACAGUUUUAUUGGAGAUUUUUCAAAAAUUGGACAUCAAAAGAUCAAGUAAGCAGUUCGUUAUUGAGCUACUACAAUCGUGUAAAAACGAUAUGAAAAGGGCUCUUAGUAACCCAGAUCCAAACUAUAUAUUGCUGAAAAGCGAUGAUAACGGGAAUAAUCUUGGUGCAUUAAAUGACUCUUCGCCAGAGCUAGAAAAUGAGAAUAAUAUAUUUGAAUCAAUGGAUGAACAAGGGCCAUUGAGGAAAAAAUCUAGGCCGAACUACGCAGAAGAUCCUCCUUCAGAUGACGAAAAUAUGGAAGAACUUGCUCAACUUGUUAAUCAACUUAUCACCAGGAAACUAAAUGAGAACUUGGCACAGCAAACAGAUCGAAUCAUUAGUUCAAUACAACCAAUGUUAAGGGAUAUGGUUCGUGAGGAAAUUUCACUUGCUUUAAACACCUCUAAUACAGAGCAUUAUUCCGAGAGUAAUAAUGAUACUAAAGAGAAAACUAGCAAUAAAAGUAAAAAUUCUAUUAGUCCUUCUUUUAGUACUGAAAAUGAUUUUGAAAUGAAACCAGAGUGCAAUGAUAUACAAUCUAUUAUUCUCGAAUGGUUCACACCAAAUCCAGAAUGUGUUCAUUCGAUGAAUAAAAAGUACGGUAAUAAAUGGCGGCUUUCGGAUCCAAAUAAAUCUCUCUAUAAGAUGAGAAAACCAAUCGUUCAAUAUUACAUUCAUUUGAUUAAUGAAGAGAAACUCAAUAAAUUUGAUGCUUUCAAGAGAUUGGAAUUACUUCUUGAUCGCUAUGGGACUAUUCAAACAUUAUCGGAAAUCCUGGAGUCAGAAAAGAAGAAUUCUUAUGCAUCGGUCACGUGA